AUGGCCACUGAACCAAAAACAGCCACCGAGGAUGUCAAGAUCGACCUCUUCGAAGACGAUGAUGAGUUUGAAGAGUUUGAGAUCAACGAAGAGUGGGAUGACAAGGAGGAAGGAAAAGAAGUUACUCAACAGUGGGAGGAUGAUUGGGAUGAUGAUGAUGUCAGUGAUGAUUUCUCUCUGCAGUUGAGAAGGGAACUGGAGAGCAACACUGAUAAAAGUUAA